AUGGGUGCUAUUGGCUGUACAGGAAAUCUUAUAGUUUUAUGGUGUCGACGAUUUGCACCCACUACCAACGCUGUCCAUUCGCUAUAUCUUAGAAAUUUGGCAUUAUCGGACCUGCUUAUGGGAGUAUACCUCUUUAUUAUAGCAGCUGAAGAUCAACAUUAUCGAGGAGUGUAUCUAAGCUACCAAUAUAUUUGGCGACAUAGUUACAUUUGUAAACUAUGUGGAUUUUUAAGUACUCUCUCAUGCGAGUCAUCUGUCCUCAUUCUAACUCUAGUAACUUGGGACAGAUUUGUAUCAGUAACACAGCCAUUAUUAAGGAAACAACCAUCUAAGAAGAUCGCAGCUGUCACUCUAAUCGCGCUUUGGAGUUUUGCUACAAUCGUGUCACUAAUACCGCUAAGCGAUUUUACAACCAGCUACUUUGGAGACGAAUUCUACGGCAACAAUGGAGUUUGUCUGUCACUACAUAUCCAUGAACCCUACUCAAUGGGAUGGGAAUAUUCAGCCGCUAUGUUCAUUCUUAUUAAUACGUUGGCUUUGAUUUUUAUCUGCUACGCUUAUGUCAGAAUGAUAAACGAGAUUAAGUCCAGUGGGGUCGCCUGUAGAUCAACGAGACAAAGUCAAGAUACAGAUAAAGUUGCACAACGAUUUGGAGUUAUCGUUUUUACUGAUUGUCUUUGUUGGUUUCCUAUUGUGUUGGUAAAAGUAAUAGCUUUAGCAGGAGUUUCUAUACCUCAGGAUCUCUACGCUUGGUUAGCUAUAUUUGUUCUUCCAAUUAAUUCAGCAUUAAAUCCUGUACUAUACACAUUAACAACAAGUAUUUUUAAAAAACAGAUGAAGAAAAUGUUUAACUCUUGUUGCCGAAGGAAACGAGAAAAUCAGCAUACUGCAUCAGAAUCUGGUUUUAGUCUUAGCUUUGGAGUUUUUCCAAUAGGAGGAAGUACCAAACGAAUACUUAGUUACAGGGGUUUUAGGACUGGACAACCAAUAACGAUACAAAUAAAAUGUUCCGAAGUAUGUAUCCAAUCAGCUUCGUUAUACCAGGUCAGUAUUGGUAGGAAAAAAACCUUUCUGCACAUCGAUGCAAUUUCUUGA